GCAGCACUCCGCUCUCCAUCAUCAUCUGCGGAAAAAUGCGAGCGGGGAGCGGUAAGAAAAUGUCAGCUCGCGCUGCCCUCCCUCCGCCGCAGACAUGAGCGCAGUCCCGACCGCCUCUUCCAACCGCAACAAGUUGCUCUCACCAUGCGGAUCCACUGCAAAGUAGUUGUGAUCGCCGUGUGUUUUGGAGUUUUCUUACUUUUGUACUUUUUGGGGGGCAACGCCGCGGAUGAUCCGCUGUUGAAAGAAGUUGGAGAGGAGCCGGAGGAGGACAGCAGCUCUUCCCAGUCGCCCUCCCUGCUCGAGCACAAUGUUGUUGCAAAGUUUCCGAGGAAAUCGCCCGCAGGAGUCGGCGUGCGUCCGGAAGAGCCUCUUAAGGGACGAAAACAGGGGAGACCAAUUAGUAGAGGGGCCAGCGUGAAUGUAAAGAGUAAACCACGGAGUAAUGUAGCCCGACCCGUAACCAGGCGCACCAAGGCGGAGGACGUCAUGCAUUUGGCUGUGGUGGCUUGUGGGAACCGUCUGAACGAGACCCUCACCAUGGUAAAAUCAGCCCUCCUGUUCAGCUUAAAGAAGAUCAAGUUUCACAUUUUUGCUGAGGACCCCUUGGCCCUGCAGUUUAAAGAAAGGCUGAACCAGUGGCCUCGCUCUGUCGCAGCCAAGUUCCAGUACAGAAUCUACUCCAUCUCCUUCUCGGUGGGAAACGCUGACGAGUGGAAGAAGCUCUUCAAACCCUGCGCUGCUCAGAGACUCUUCCUCCCCCGUCUCUUCAUCUUUCCAUGCCAGUGGAACUACAGACCUGACCACUGUAUGUACGGUAGUAACUGCAAAGGGGCUGAAGAGGAAGGCGUGUCCAUCCUCCAUGGCAACCGUGGCGUAUAUCAUGAUGACAAGCAGCCAGCGUUUAAAGUAGUCUAUGAUGCAAUCCAUAAUUUUCCCUUUGAGGACAACAUGUUCCAGUCGCUCUUCUACCCCAUCCAGACCAAGUUCCUGGACACGGUCAACACGCUCUGUGGUCGGAUUCCCCAAGUCUUCCUCAAGCAGAUCGAAAAGACAAUGAGGAAGGUGUUUGAGGACAAAGUGGUCCGCCACGUCAGGCCACAUAAAUAACUGAUGGAGAAAGUGGGUGUCCCUGUGGAUUCUCAGAUCAAACUGGUGGCUCUGCAUUUGCAGAGUUCAGCGCAUGACACUUUCUGGAAUAAGGGUCUCAUGAACAUUAUGAGCCUCUGGUGAUGAGUAAUCACCCUAUGCAUACAGUGCUGGUCAGUGACGUCGCCGAAUAGGUUUGCCUUAUAACCGUCUUUAUUUUGACAUCACAAGUGAUGUAACGUAUAAGAAUGUUGGAAAACUAGAAAGUAUCAGCUCAUCUCAAGUGUGUAAGAAAAAUUUAAGCCGUGUUUUUCUCAAGACUUGUACAAAGGUGUCUUGUCUUUUUUUACUUCUCCUCACAAGCAUUUGAAGUACUCCUCCUAACCAUUAGGGAGAUGUGUAUGUGCUACACAGAGUCAACGUUGAACAGCUUUACUACCUUGAAGUAGUAGAUUUAUAAACCACUCCUCUAAAAUUGUGAAUGUUUUAUCAGCAAAUAACUUGAAGUGUGAAUGUGUGUAUUUGAGUUUGUGGUCUGUUUUGCAGUUGCCAAAUGCCGCUGACAGUAUUACACACAGCACAGCAGAAGAAAUGUAGACUUUUGUGUUGAAUACUGAAUGUCACAAUGCACUUUGACAUUAGGACUGGAAGGUUGUUGUUGUUGCACAUAUGUCUCCAUUAGAUACAACACGACUCGACUGAAAUCAAAACCAAAAGUGCUAGAUUUUGAAAAAAAAGGAAGAAAAAAAAAAGGUGUCAAACCACAGCAGAUGAUGUACCGUAUAAAUAUUCAUGUCUGACUUUUUUUUUUCCUGGCAGAAGAAAAUAAGUGCUGUAGAUUUGUGUGUUUGAGAGAGUCUCCGAGCCUGUAAUCUGAUGUGUGGUGUACGUACCAUGUGAUCAAUGGUGAACGCAUGGGCUGUAUGUUUUAAAGUUGCUUUUAAAGGGGUAUAAAGAGCCAAAUGUAUCAAAUCAUUCAACCUGGAAACUGAAAAUAGCUGUACACUCAGCGUGUGUUUCUUAAUAAAACAAUGCAAUGUCCUGAG